CGGAGCCGGCGGCGUCCAUCGGCAUCGGCUGCUGCUCCGCGGCCGCUUCUCGGCAGCUGCUCCUGCUGCUCCCCGCCUGCGGCUCCAGCAGCGGCCCGCCGGAGGUGAACGCUCUGAGGCUUCUGCCCUUGUCGCCCAGUCGGAACUAUCGCCGUCCGCGCGGCCGUGAGGAGGCUGAGGCUGCCCCUUCCCCCCGCUCCCGGCCUGCCGGCGUGGGGUGCCUCUUGUGCGCGUUUCCUUCCUCCCCGCGCGUUGUCGUGCCUGCAGUAGCAGCUAGCUGAGCUCAGCUCUCUGCCAGCACCGGCCCGUGCCCUCCCGCUGCGCGCCGGGCUUCGGGUUAUGUAUCGUAAAUCCAAGUGGAAGCGCGGGUACAAUCUCGAGGGGCUUGCACACGGAAAUAAUGAACAAAGUGUGCCACAACUCUUGAUCAGCGACCUGAAGUUUGAGAAGUCUUUAGCUAAGCUCAUGUUUUCUCCUGAUCAAGAAAAUCAUCCAUCCAAAGCACCAGUCAAAUAUGGUGAAUUGAUCGUACUGGGGUACAAUGGGUCUCUCCCAAAUGGAGAUAGAGGGAGAAGGAAAAGUAGGUUUGCUUUAUUUAAAAGGCCCAAGGCAAAUGGGGUGAAACCCAGCACUGUGCACAUUGCCUGUACCCCUCAAGCAGCAAAGGCAAUAAGUAAUAAGGACCAACACAGCAUAUCUUACACUUUGUCUCGGGCCCAGACUGUAGUAGUUGAAUAUACUCAUGACAGCAACACAGAUAUGUUCCAGAUUGGUCGGUCAACAGAGAGCCCUAUAGACUUUGUAGUAACAGAUACAGUUCCUGGGAGUCAGAGUAAUUCAGAUACACAGUCUGUGCAGAGCACAAUAUCAAGGUUUGCCUGCAGGAUCAUAUGUGAACGUAACCCUCCAUUUACAGCAAGAAUAUAUGCAGCAGGAUUUGACUCCUCAAAAAACAUUUUUCUUGGGGAGAAAGCUGCAAAGUGGAAGACAUCCGAUGGGCAAAUGGAUGGACUAACAACAAAUGGAGUUCUUGUUAUGCAUCCUCGUAAUGGAUUCACAGAAGACUCCAAGCCAGGGGUGUGGAGAGAGAUUUCUGUGUGUGGGAAUGUGUUCAGCCUCCGUGAAACCAGAUCAGCUCAACAGAGGGGGAAAAUGGUUGAGAAUGAGACGAACCAGCUGCAGGACGGCUCCCUGAUCGACCUGUGCGGGGCGACGCUGCUGUGGCGCACGGCCGAGGGGCUGGCGCGCACGCCCACCGUCAAGCACCUGGAGGCUCUGAGGCAGGAGAUCAACGCAGCCAGGCCCCAGUGCCCCGUGGGCUUCAACACCCUGGCCUUCCCCAGCAUGAAGAGAAAAGAUGUUGUGGACGAGAAGCAGCCGUGGGUGUACCUGAACUGCGGCCACGUGCACGGCUACCACAACUGGGGGAACAAAGAGGAGAGGGACGGCAAGGACCGCGAGUGCCCCAUGUGCCGCUCCGUCGGCCCCUACGUGCCGCUGUGGCUCGGCUGUGAGGCGGGAUUUUACGUGGAUGCCGGACCUCCCACGCAUGCGUUCAGCCCCUGUGGACACGUGUGCUCAGAAAAGACAACUGCAUAUUGGUCCCAAAUUCCUCUUCCUCACGGUACUCACACUUUUCACGCAGCCUGUCCCUUCUGUGCGCAUCAGCUGGCUGGUGAGCAGGGUUACAUCAGGCUCAUUUUCCAAGGGCCUCUCGACUAACACAGGUGUUCCCAAGGACUGCAGUAAACUGAUAAGCUAAGCGAUUCCCAUUUUUAAACCAACUGUUUUUCGUAUUCUCUGGGCUUUGCUGGUUUGCAUUAAGAUGAAGAAUUUUUUGGUUUUUUUGUUACAACAGCUAAAUCCCUCUUUAUUGUGAAAAGUCUGGAAAUAGAAGAAAUGGGGGGAGAAUGGGGAGACCUCCUGCUUUUUUUGGUUAAUAACUACUUCUGAAGAGGUGAUGGAAGUGUUGUAGAGUGAACUUCAAUGCCUUCAGUUUAAUGGUUUUUGAAUCACAUGCCCACAGUGUUUGAAAGGUGUUUCAUUCUUUUUGUAUAUGGAGGGUAAAUAGUUCAAAGAACAUUAGUUUACAGCUUGGAUGCAAACAUUGUAAAAUAUAACAUGUAUAUUAACUCUUUUCUAUUUAUCUUUAUUAUUGAAAAUAUUUAGAAUGUUUAGAGAGUAGCAUGGUCAUAGUGUGUUACAUCCAGCAAUUGGAUGUGUAGAGUAGUUCUGGAUGGAGAAGAACGUGGGAUGAAAAUGGUAGAAAAAUCUUUUAAUCUAAAAUACUGAGUUCUUAGAAUAGUUAAAAUGCUUUUUAAACAAAGCUAAUGCAAAUUAUGAUGGCAUAAAAUUGUGCUUUAACUGUGUUGAAAGGUAGCUAAGGAGGACUCCUUGAACUGUCUUUUUGGUAGGACUGUACUUAAGAUCUGGUUAUGAGGAGAAUAUUUACCAGACUCUUUGAAUAUGCAACUUAGUCUAGAUUAAGGAUUUUUUUCUCCCUUCACGCUAACACUUCUCUUUAUUUAGCAUUAGUGACAUUUGUGAGGGUUUUUCCAAUGUUAAACACGAACAGAUCAGAAAGAUGAGGCUUGUUCUGUUCCUUGCUGUUUGGGGGUGGGGACAGGGCAGAGGUGGAUGCACCUGGGCAUGUGUGUGGGGAGCAGUUUGUGACUUGGCCACAGUCCCAGCCUGGGAGGGGUUUGUCAGCUGGAUGCUCAGCAGCCUUUCACCUGCUGCCUGGCGGGGGGCCUCAGGCCUGGCCUUUGCCCCUCUGCCAGGUGCAGAUGCUCAUCUGGGCCACAGGUGGAACACAGGUGGAGCCUGGUAGCCAGGGCAGGUGUCCCUGCAUCCUUGGCAGCUGGGCACAGCUGGCAGUCUGUUGGGAGAGCUGGGGCUGGGCUGGGCUCAGACCCUCUCUGUGAGAUGCUGCUGUGGGCUCUGCUUACUCUGGUCUCUGCUCUCCUCUUCCUCCCCCUCCUUCCCCUCUGGAUCCACCAGAAAAGACCAGUGUACUACAUGCAGCUCUGCUGCCAGCCCACUUUGCUUCAUGGCAACCUGACCUUUUUAGCAUUGAUUUGAGCUUUUUUGGCCAGCUUCGUACAUUUUUUUCAAAUAUGUACUGUAUAAUUGACAGUAAGAAAAUUUCUGUACUUUAUAGCAAAGCUUUUGCUUUUGUUUUUCUUUGAAGCUCUUCUAAAAUUUUCUUUGUUUAAAGAGACCUGUGUUGCUUAGAUGUCAUGAAUUAUUUACUUUGACUGUCAAUUAUUUCUCCAUUUUUAAAAAGAAAUGAUAUAUAUUGUUUGGUUCACUCAGGAAAUGCAUGUGUCAGGAAACCUGUACUAUAAGUUCAGUUAGCUGUCAUGUACAAGUAACUGCUGUUACUCCCUUUCCCUAGAAAUAUAACUGAUUUUGACAUUUUCCAGAUUAUAUGCAUUAAGUCAUGAAACUUAUGCAGCAAGAAAUCCCUGUAUUGUAGUUGUUCUAAUCAUCUUAUUCAAACUAUAGUAUACUGUAGUUUUAAUUUUUAUUUGCAAAUUAAUUUAUUUAAACUACGUGAGUAAACACUUUUCAAAAACAGAAAUUCUGGGAUCGUGGCUUUGUUUUCAAGAGAUGGGAAAGGGCUGGAGAUGGCCCUUCUGUUGUCACCUCAGGUGUCCCUCUGUUCUGCACAUAUGGAUUAAGAGCACAGAGAAGCAGCAGCUGUAAAGACUUUGGAUGUUUUCCCUGGUAAUGGCUUUGAAUGGCUCCUUUCAGAUGUGUCCCCUCCAUGUGUUUUAUAUUUAACUCUGUGUUAAAGGUGAGAUUGCUGUUUAAAUGACACACUUAAAUGAGUAAGUUACAGAUACCGAAAUGUAAGCAAAAACUGAACUAAAUUUUAAAAUGACAAAGAGCUCUUGAUUGUGUCUUCCACAAAAUCUAAUUGAAAUUUCUCUGGUCCUGAUCUUGUUGACUACAGGAACAUGAAAAACCAGAAAAGAACACGAUGAAAGCUACAAAGCAGUAUGAGUAACACAGAGCUGAACUGUGAGCACAGAUGGAGCACGGGAUGGUAGGAGGAAUAUGGGAAGUGCUCUUGGAGGCCCAGCUGGAGGCAGAGCCAGGGGUGCACUUGGGUACAGGCACACCUAACUGCAGAGGGGAGGAAGAGAGGGUCAUGCCCAACGUGCAGCCCUUGUUAAAGCCCUACCCCAUUUAAAUUGGUACAUUAUGCUUACACUGUACUUCUCUACCCCACUCCUCAUCCCCCCCCCAAAAAAAACAUCCCAGACAAAGGUAUCUGAGCAGAACUGGCUGUGUCUCUGGGAAGUGUUAGGCUAAGGUCACUUUUCAGUCUGCCCCACUUUCUGCCUGGUUUGUACUUUUCUUCACCCAAGUUGGACUUGUUUAAUCCCAUUUUUAGAAGGGUGGAACAGGGACAUUCAAACACUUGAGACAGGGAAAUCCCACUGUCAAAGGCAGAAUAGCAAUGGUUGAGUAGUUUGAAGAGCAAGUUCCAUCACCAACAACAGCAUCUCUAACUCUGGUACCCUGUUUGAGUACCCCCAGGCUUCUGUUCUUUGAUAAAUGAUUGCAGUAGUCCUCUGUAAAUGGUAAAGUGAAUUUCAGAUUAAAAGUAUUCAAACAGAUGACUGAAGCACUCUGAACUUUAAGGCCAAUCCUUUUGAACAAAUUUUGUGCUGCAAGAGGUGGCACCUUGCUGGUUUUAAGACAAUCGCAGCUCCACUUGUGACAGCCUAAAGCAGCCCUUUGCAGCCCCAAGAUGAGAUUUGUGGCCUUCACCUGCUUUUAAAGGUUUGCUGGACUGGCAAGAAGCAAUGGUGAUGCAAACAGCAGGGAAUCAAUGGGAAAAUUAAGUGUGGAUACUUUUCUAGCCUUAAAGUUCAGAGAAGCUCUGCAGAAGUGCCUUUGGAUAUGAGCAGCCAGUUUUCUGGUUUGUGUGUGGCUGCCCUGAUCUGGGCAGUGCAAUGUGUAAAGUAGGUGAUUUAAUGAACUAAUUUGCCUUUCAGCUGUAGGAGAUUGCAUGGAUUUAACACUGCCAGAAAGCAGCAGCUGGCUAGUGAAACCCUUUUUUUUGUUUUUUUUGUUUUUUUCCCAAAGCAGAAGUGGGGCAGCACAGGGUGCUGGCAGGAGGGCAGGAGCAUACACAGGGAGGUUGCUGUGGCUUUCCUGGGGAGAAUGGAGUGCUCUGGUUGCUUUGCUGACCUGGCCACUGGGAUGGAGCAGCCCCAGGAGUGCCUGGUGUGGCCUUGAGCAGUGUGGUGCAGGCUGGGGAUGAGGCCUUCCCAUCCCAGCUGUGCUGGGCUUGUUACACCUGCAGCAGUGAGCCUGGUCUUCUGGAAAGUUAAACAUGAAGUCACCUCAGGAGACUCCUGUGUUGGAAGGUGCUCUGCAAAUCCCAUAAUGAUCCUGCCAUGACAUGCUUGAUCUCCUCCUGAAGUGACACUUUCCAGACUCAAUUCUAAAAAUACAUUUCCAGUUUUGCAAUAUAAAUCUACCCUGGUGCCUACAGCUACUUGCAUGCUGUCUUUCAGCCUGGAUUAGGCCUGGUUGCUGUUGAAUUAGACCAGAUUUCGUGGUCCUUGUCUUGGCUCAUCCCUUUCUGUAAAAACACUGGUAGAGCUCGUCUAUUUUUAAUUGUAGCACUUGGCUUUAACAUAAGGGCUGUGAUCAUCCUAGAAAUGCAGUUUCUAAGGCUCCUUGUGACUGUGGCAGAUCACUUUUACCCGCAGUGUUGUGCAUACUGUAAAGAAGACCUGGGAAAGCAUCUCUGCAGGAGCUGUGAUGGUUCCUGUGACUUGGACCAGGGGCUCCUUGGCAAGUGUGGCCUCUGCAGGGGCAGCAGCAGUCCUGCCCCUCCCCAGGUGCUGCUUUCAGGGCAGCAGCAGGAGCUCAGGCUCCUGUUUCCUCCAGGAGAACAGCUCUACAUCACUGUGCUGUUGGGAGGCAGUAUCCUCCUGUUCCUCCUUAUGUAUUCCAGUGGGGAAACACCAGUGGGUGCUACUGCAGCAAGAGCAGCCAGCACCUUCAGCUCUGCUGAUUCUUGGUCUGGUUCCAUAUCUGAAAGCAAAAGGGGCAGAUUUAAAGAGCAGACAAAAUGGGCUUUUAUUCCCUGAAGGCUCAGGUGCCUCUGUGAGAGCAGCCUUGCCAAACCCAGCCUCUGGGAACUGCAGCAGGACCUGUGGCCUCGCACACAUGAGGCUGGGAUCAGUGCAGCCUUAGGGAAUGGCAUUAGCUGUAAAGCCCAGUGCCUGAAUCUUUAUGUUCCUGCCUUGGACCCCCCUGAGCUGCAGCUGCCCAUGCUCCCUGUGCCUCCCAGCCCUGGCAAUGCAGCCAUUCCUCAGUCUCAGUGAGCAGGUGCCUGCAGAAGCAGGUCCUGCUUGGCUUGCCCAGCCCAAGCCCUUGUGGGGUCAGGAAUGCAUUGCCUGGGGCUGCAUUCCUCGAGGCUGAGCUCCAGGGAAGAUGAGUAACCAGAGGCAAAGUGCCAGCUCUGGCAGGCAGGAGCUCCCUGCCCACUCGCUGCCACUCUUGGGUUUGUUGCUCUUGUGCCCAGCUCCCAGUUCUUGUCCCACUGUCCCUCUUGCAGGGCUGGCAGGAGGGAUGGGAUCCAGCACCAGCAUCACUGUUUGCUGGCUGUGGUGUUUGCCUGGCUCUCACAUGUUUGUGGCAGCAGCAAAGCACCAGCAAAUCCUGGGUUCUGCCAGCCCUGCAGACAGCCCAUUGCUCCAGUGCAGGGGGCUGAGAUAUUUCAUGGGAGGAGUACAAAUGACCUCAAGAUCAACUCAAAGAAGGACUUUGCUGGUGCAAAGACAACUUCUCUGCAAUUUGGCAAUACCUGCAAUAUUGUAAUGAUUUUAUUUUGAUUUAGGACCGCUAAACAGCUCUGAGUCAGGAGUAAAUUAAUAAUUUGCUCUGACUUCCUUCCUCCCCCUUGUCUACAUCUGUAGUACCAGUUCUGUGCUGAGAUGGCCAUUGGAGAUCUGCUGCCUUCCAGAAAAACAAUGAGAGUGGAGUUCUUUGGAGUUCAAACACAUGCCAGGAUGGUCUAUUUUUCCUUUUUGUAGUGGAAAGGUCUCCUGAAAAGCCUUCCCCUUUUCCAGCCCUGGCAUGGCACAUGGACUCCUGAGGAUACCCUGUGAGUGCUGCAUGGAGUGUGAGCAGCACAGAGAGAGGAAGGAGGACAUGGUAGUUCAUGUUGUCAGUCAGAUUUAAGUGUGGUUAAAUAGUUAAGCCAGUAGGAAAAGCCUUUUUAUGUUUGUUUUCUUUGCUACUCACUCCCAAAAUUACCUGUCUGCUUAUUUAUACAAUUGUCUUGACCCUUAUAUUUGUUUCAGUUUCAACACCCCCUGAAGAAGGAAAAAAUUAAUUUCACUUUUCUCUGCAAAUAUUUUAUCUGAAAGUUUCUAAGUCGUGUUGCUUGUGAUCAUGCCUUUC